ACUGGCCGGGAAGAAAAUGUGUUGAAUGCUAAAGCAAUAUUGGAAUCUAAAGAUAAAGAAAUAUCGUGGUCCAAAGAUGUAAAAAACUUAGAAAUUUAUGAAAAUGGUAACUUAGUGAUAAAGGUUUAUGAGGCCGACAUUUUAAAAGUGCCGACCGAAGGAAUAGUAAAUGCUGCUAAUGAAGAUCUUCGGCAUAUCGGAGGCAUAGCGGGGGCUAUUGCUAAGCACGCUGGGAAAAAACUCGAAGAGGAAAGCAGGAAUAUUGUGAAAGAGGAAGGCAAACUCAAAGUGUCUUCGGUCGUGUGUACAUCGGGUGGGAACCUUGACUUUACAUAUGUGCUGCAUGCUGUUGGUCCUAGGUGGAGAGACUACCAACCAUUUACGGAGGCAAACGUACAAAAAUGUGCUGACGAUUUAAAACUUACAUAUCUACAGUGCUUGCGGAUGGCAGAAAGUAAACAAAUAAAAACACUCGCUAUACCAACUAUAAGUUCAGGUAUAUUUAAAGUUCCGAAGGAUGUGUGUGCAGUGCAGUAUGCAGAGGCAAUUCUUGAAUUUGGUGACAGAACCGACUCCUUGAAAGAACUACAUGUAGUGGAUAAAGAUUCGGACAUGAUAGAUAUUGUUCAAAAAAUAUUCUAUGCUAUGUUAACUGAAAGAAAAGCUGCGCCGAAUUGUUUAAGUAAGUUUGUUGACACACAAGUGGAACAAACAAAGAUGGGGAUACACGAUAAAGAAACAAAUGCAAUGAAAAACAUAAAGAACACUGGUAGGGACAAAUCUAAGGUACAUAUCAACAACGAAUCAGCUGUUGAACAGACAACCGAGGAUUGUGUCAUUUGUAUGGACAGUGUAACCGAUGAGAAAAGAUUAAACUGCGGGCAUAUAUUUUGCUCUGAAUGCAUCGACGGAUACUUUCGUAUAAAAAUGGUUUGUCCAACAUGUGGAAAGGUUUGCGGUAAAGUAACCGGUGACCAACCAUCUGGUAAAAUGAGAAUCGAGAAAAUCCACCGAUAUGUAACAGGGUUUGAAGGUUGCAAAAGCAUUUCUAUAAUGUAUCAGUUCGAAAAUGGAAAACAAGGGCCGGAUCACCCUAGACCUGGUGACUUUUACAAAGGAAUUUCUCGUACAGCAUAUUUACCUGACAACAAGGAGGGCAGGGAGAUAUGUGCAAUGCUGAAGGUUGCUUUUGAGCGUCGUCUUGUUUUUACAAUAGGAACGUCUAGAACAACGGGAAAAGAAGGUGUUAUCACUUGGAAUGACAUCCAUCAUAAGACAGACCUUACACCUUUUACACAGUUUGGAUAUCCUGACGCUACAUAUUUACAGAGGGUAAGAGAGGAGUUGACGGUAAAAGGUGUGACAAUUGAUGACGUGGAUGACGAUUUCAUUGAGCAAAUCAAAAACAAUGAUUUUACACAAACUAUUCGUUUAUAAUUCAUCAGCAGGACUGAGUAUUUGCUGUAGCUAGAGUUCAUUUUGUUUCAUGUUUCUUACGUAGCAUUUUGUUUUACAUACCUGGAACACUAGUUUAACGUUUACCAGAUCAUGUUAAUAAUAUAUAUUUAUUUUAAAAAUGUAAUUUUCAUAUAAGUACACUCUGCAUUUUCAUAACGCAUAAAAUUUUCUCUAACAUGCCCUGUAUUAUAAGAUAAUAUUUCCUUUAUAAGCUCCUAGUCAUAGAAACUUAAUAAGUUGGCAGUUUGUUUCCAAUUUUGCUCUGCCAUCCGGUCAAAUUUUCGUCAAAAAAGGCAAUUUAAAUUUAAACAUACUGAAAAUAUUGUUUUAAACAUGCUCUUCUGGAAAGAUAUCAUUUAGAUUCCAAUCACAAAGAACGCUGCUAGAAUUUUCAUUUAUUUUAAUACAUGACAUGCUCGAAAUAAUUUCUGUAUUAAGAAAUAAAUAAAUAAAACUCA